AUGUCCAGACACUCGCCUAACAGUCAUUCACAGAGAUAUCACUCAUAUGGUGAUCGACACAACUCUUCGCACGAAUCGCACCGCAGAAGACAUUCUCCCGAUUACCACAAUUCAGACAAUUAUCGCACGAAAUCGAGUCAAAGAUUUGAUGAAAAUAGGGAUGACUUUUGGACAGAAAGACGACUGAAGAGGGAAGAGAUCGGAGAAUCGGGUUAUUUCAGUGUUUGGAGUCAUUCACCACAAAGACAUGAAGACUCUGAUGACGAUUCCGAUGACAGCCAAACAAAUGGCCGCCAAAUGUCUGAAUCGGAUUCAGUUUCCAGUGAUAAUCUUCAUGAGAAGAAAGUGAAGAAGAAUAAGAAACACAAAAAGAGUGAAAAGAAAUCCAAAAGACAUAAAGACGUGAAGAAACACAAACACAGAGACAAGAAGUCGAAGGAGAAGAAGGAGAAGACGAGUAAAAGAGAUAAAUACAGAAGAGAUCCGAAGGAAGAGAAGAAUGAGUUCACGCGAUAUAACAACGAAGAAGAGGAACAGUUUGUGAGAGAAUUGAAUGAAAAGAAACGAAAACUAAUGGAAGACAACGAAUCGGAAGAAGAAGAAAUGGUUGGACCGCAGCCUAAGUCUGCCGUUCAGUUGAAUAGCAAAGACUUCGGGAGAGCUCUUCUGCCGGGAGAGGGGGCAGCGAUGGCUGCGUUCAUAGCUGAGGGCAAACGGAUCCCCAGGAGAGGAGAGAUCGGUCUGACUCCUGAUGAGAUCGAUUCCUUUGAGAACGUGGGAUAUGUGAUGAGUGGUAGCCGUCAUCGGCGUAUGGAAGCGGUCCGACUCCGCAAAGAGAAUCAGAUCUAUAGCGCGGACGAGAAGAGGGCUUUGGCUCUGUUUAACAAAGAGGAGCGAACCAAACGUGAGACCAAAAUAUUGUCUCAAUUCAAAGACAUGGUUAGAGCCAAACAAGAAGAACACGAAUCGAAACAUUGA